GUUAUUUAGUUUACAUGAAUACUCACAAGGUUGCAAAUUAUCAAUAAUUAUGGGUUUCCUAAUCCAAGACACAUUAACAGAAGUAGUUCUAAUUAUCACCACCGUCAUCCUCCUCAUAACAAACUACUUCCACCAAUCCUACAAAUACUGGGCGAAAAAAGGAGUGCCAACCAUCCGACCACAUUUUCCACUAGGUAACACAAACAUACUUUUGCCCAAAGGGUUAUCAGUAGGAACCCUCAGCCAAAAAUUCUACACCGAAUUCAAAAAACGGGGAGAAAAAUUUGGGGGUGUUUAUUUAGUGACAGAGCCGAAUUUGGUGGUAGUUGAUCCGGAGUACGUUAAGGACAUUCUGUGCAAAGAUUUUCAAUAUUUCGUGGAUAGAGGGUUCUACUAUAACGAAAAGGACGACCCGAUUAGUGCCCAUUUAUUUGCUCUUGAUGGUGUACAAUGGAGGAACCUUCGGGUUAAACUCACACCUACUUUCACGUCUGGUAAAAUGAAGAUGAUGUUUCAGACAGUGGUGGACUGUUGUAACUUCAUGAAAGAGGCCAUUGAGCAAAAUCUGACCCAAGAUAUAGAGAUCAAAGAAGUUCUAGGCCGAUUUACCACUGAUGUUAUUGGUUCUUGCGCAUUUGGUAUUGAAUGUAAUAGCUUCAAACACCCGGAUGCUGAAUUUCGGAAGAUGGGGAAAGAGAUCUUCCAGUAUAGCAUCUGGGGGUCGCUGAAGGCAUUCGUGUCGAUGAAUCUACCAAAAUUGUCUCUACAAUUAGGUAUCACUUCAGUGACCAAAGAAGUGCAAAAUUUCUUUACAGGAAUAGUCACAGAUACAGUGAACAUGCGUCACGACAAUAACAUCAGACGCAACGACUUUUUGCAAAUUUUGAUGGACUUGAAGGACUCUUCUGGUUUAACACUAGAUGAAAUAGCGGCUCAAGUGUUUCUGUUUUUCGCUGCCGGCUUUGAAACCAGUUCUACUACAAUGACUUUUGCUUUGUAUGAACUUGCUAGGAAUCCGGAAAUCCAGAAGAAGCUGAGGGAGGAGAUUUGCCAGAUUUUGGAAAGGCACGAUGGUAAAAUCACGUAUGAUAGUCUAACUGAGAUGAAAUACUUAGGGCAGGUUAUGGAUGAAACUUUAAGAAAGUAUCCACCUCUAACUACCCUCAAUCGGCGCUGUACUAAGGACUACACUCUUAGAGACACAGAUGUGGUUAUAGAAGAAGGUACUCCGGUGCUUAUCUCCACUUUGGGUUUACACACGGAUCCGGAUUUUUAUCCAGAACCUGAGAAGUUUGAUCCGGAGAGGUUUAGCGAAGAGAAUAAGAAGGACAGGCAUCAGUUUGUCCAUCUGCCUUUUGGUGAUGGGCCCAGGAACUGCAUAGGUCUACGUUUUGGACUGAUGCAGUCAAAAAUUGGAGUAAUCACCACAAUCAAAAAUUUUAAGGUUUUGGACAGUUCCUGGACCAAGCCGGUUGAAUUUGAUCCAUAUACGUUUAUGCUGAAUACUUCUGAUAAAAUAUAUCUGCGGUUUGAGAAAGUGUAAAAUUUCGCUUUUUAGAUUGUUGUUCAUACUUUAGAUUUAGAUUAACUUUUGUUUAAGUGUUCUAUUUUAUUUACAAUAUAUGCACAUAUGUAUCUAGGUUCUUACAGUUAGACACUGCCAUCAAUACAAAUAACAAUUCAAAAUAUAAAGUAAGUUAAUAAAGUUUCC